CCAGCUUUUGGCCGAUGUUUUUUUUCUAUAAAGGCAUUGUUAUUGUCGAUUCGUCGUUCACUUAGCGACAGUAACGGUUGAGUUAUCGAUAGAAAUUACACUACUGACAAAUAUUUAAUUACAUUUGUUUCUUGGAACGUUGGAAGAUAAUGAAUGAUGACAGCAAAUGUCGAAAUGUAGACAAAGGACAUCGACGGAAAUUAUUGUGAUGUGUCGAGAUGCACAUAAUCUAACUUAAUACUCAUAUUACAACACAUCAGCGCAGUCGAAAUAUAGCUCUGUAUGCGAUGGUACGUGCAUGGUUUUCCCCGAGUUUUGAGUGUAAUUAAUAGAAUAACAAUAGAUAUUUUCCCGAGAAAAAUAUUGAUAUGGGUAGUGCUGCGUCGCUUACAAAUGUAGACCGCGAACAAUUUGGGGACAGAGUCGAAGUCACGAAAAGUCUUCCUGUGGAAAGUUUUGGACAGGAUAACACGACGAGCGCACAGAUUGGUGAAAAGACGCUAAGUUCUGGUUCGAUAAGCGAAGGCGGAAUACGUGAACGCUCUACAAGUAAAACAAGCAAGUCCAGAAGAUCUUUAGGGUCUUUUUUGGGUUUUAAUAAUAAAUUUAAAUGCGAUGAAAUCGAGCGGGCAAACAGCGAUGGGAAUUCGUAUAACUCGCUCGAACUAGCAGAAUAUAAAAUCACUCGCUUGCAGCAGGAGAAAGAACGGUUGAAAAGAGAGCUGGAAAGCUUACGAAAAAGUAAUACGAAAUGGCAAAAUGAAACUCGGAAAGCGAGAGACGACGAGGGACAAGCUAAAGAAAGGGCAAAAACUUUUGAGGACGGUAGGUUAAUUUUGGUCCACCAGUAUUAAAAUUGGUGUGUAUCUAGUGUUGGUAUAUACUUGGUAUCUCAAAUGUGGGGGUCCGAUGUGGGUAUUUAUAUAAUUUUACCAUAAGUUGCCAUAGUUUGUGUCUGAACUACUUAAAAAAAGAUAUCUCAAACGUGGUGGUCCAGUGUACAUAGUGUUCUACAAUAAGCUGCCAUGGUUGGUGUCUGAACUACCUGAUACCUGAAAAAGUUAUCUCAUACGUGGGUCAUGUCCAGUGUAGGUAGUAUUCUUUAUUUAUUUAUUUAUUUAUACAUUUAUUAUUUAUUAAACUUUGCCAACACAAACGUGCAUACAAACACGACAGGGACAACGAAUGGCAGGGACACUAUACAACAGUAUAAACCAAUUACUGUGGGCUAUGCUGUGGGCCCUUCUACAACAAUGUAUCGAUCAAUUCGAAACUUCACCCCCCCCCCCGACCGACCCCGGGAAUUUGAACUUUUUGAAAUUUGACUGAUCAAAUUCUCCACCCCCUGUGCAAAAAAGUCUUCAAAUGCCCCACUGUAACAAGAAAUUAAGCGUUCAAAUGCCCCACCUUCAUAUGAAAAUUAUGAAACAGUAGAUACAAGAAGUACAAAAUAUACGGAAAUGUUUUUCGACAAGAUAGCGAAGUUCACGUAAAAAGUUUGGAUACCUUGUGGAAAUUUAACAGUUUUACACAAUUAUGUAGUACAUACCUUCAAAUGAAGCACAUAGAUUUUCCAUGCCUGUUUCUUUGAGCCAGUUUUUCACAAAAUUGUGGCCGUUUCCCUUGAGAUCUGAGAAAACUGUAUUUGCCGCCAAUGUGAAGUAUUUUCUGUGCAUGCAGGAAGCACGCGAAAACGGGCAAAAUUUUAAGACUUCCGGUUCAAAUUCCCACCCCGUUAUCAAAUGCCCCACCACAUGGAAGACUUAGAAUGUCAAAUUCCCUACUCCCUGGAGAAGACUUGAAGUCAAAUUCCCGGGGUAUGCCGGGGGGGGGGGGAUGAUGAAGUUUCGAAUUGAUCGGUACAUAAGCUACCAAGGUUUGUGUCAGAACUACCUGAAAAAAUAUCUUGGUACAAUUAUAGAAUACCUGUCCAUUCUUGUCACACGACUGUGUGGCUACAUGGAUUCAAAUUGUGUUGAAUAACUUGAAUAGGUUAGGGGUUAGGGGUUAGGGAAGGGUUUGGAUAUGGGUCAGGCACUAAAUAAUUUGAAAUUUAUCUUUUCUACCACAAGAAUGUUACUGUUUGCACCAUUAGAGUCAUUAGAACAACAUCGAAGCUUUAAAUUGGCCUGGUAUUCUAUAAUUGCAUGCUCCGUUUGUUUUCAAUACUGUAGAAAAUGUGGAGCCAAAUAAACAUUAUAUGGUGGUCCAGUGUGCAUGCAUAAUAUUCCACAAUAAGCAGCUAUGGUUUUUGUCUGAACUCCUUGAAAAGGUUAAAAACACUCAAAAUUUCGAUUGAAGGGUCUUCGUCUAUGACUAAUAUCCUGGAUUAAGGGUCUUUGCCAAAACAGAUUUUCAGAUAGUUCAGGUAUUUCAGGUUACAACUUGCCAGAGUUUACUAGCAGUAAUUAAGAUUUUGGUAGUGUCUUUAAAUUCCAAGGCAUGACACUACUGUAAUCUAGACCAUGCCUCAGUGAUUGUUCUGUGUGAUAUUUAAGCCUAAUAUGGCAAGAUAUUAAGUCGAGAAUUCAUUAUUAUUAUUGGGUAGAGGGGUCCAGGCCAGUAAUGAAUUCUUGAUUUAAUAUUUUGCAGUGUAAUGGGUUAAAAUCAAUAGGUGUUUUAUUACAUCGAACAAACCAAAACAAUUCGAUAACAAAAAACUGUCUUUGUAGACGAUAAUAAUACAGUGAGAAUACAAGCGUAUAAUAAUGCUCAUAUAUUCAUACUGACAUUAUACAAGUACUACAAGAACUUAAGCCAAAUGCAAGAGUUUGUAUAUUUGAUACAACACGGACACAAAUAUUGUAAAUGGCUUGCGAAACAUUCGUAUUCUUGAACAAUUUAAAAUAAAUUAAUGAUAUUUGGUGAGAAAAUUGAACUUAAAGUUUCUGUAAAUCUGUAUCAGAUAUACAAACUCAUGCUGAUGAUUUACAUUUUCUUUAUGGAUUUAUUAAUAAUCGAGUUUCACAACAUAAAAUCCAGACAUUUUAACAUUAUUUAGCCUUUUUGCAGGCACAUUCUCGAUAUAUGAAUUCUGCCCACAGGAAUUAAAUAGAAAUAUUAACGACCUCUGUUUUUUUAACUCUGGUAUUAAUUAAACUGAACAUUGUUGACCACCAUGCAUCUGAUGUUUAGUUAAUUAUUUAAAUCCCCUUAAGUACACAUAUAUAUGGAUGAUGUCUUACUCAAUUAUAUGUCUUAUAUAUACAUACAUGCCAAAUCCUAUUUGUAAGCUUACAAUAAUAUUGAGAAAAUGUGAGACUUAAACAAUCAAGGGAAACAUUGAGAAAAAAUACACUAAAUACUCAUUUAAUUAAGGAGGACAAUUGUUAAUUAUAAAGUGCUUUUGGCUUUGGGAAAAUCUAAUUUCAAUAAGGAUUUAACUAAUGAAUUUAAUAGAUUGAAGAAAGAAACCAUUGCUCUUAAUUGGACUACCUGUCCAAAAUAAGAUAUAAAACAAUCCUUUAUUUGCUAAUCUGGUUAUUAUAAAGCAGAUUAAUUCAACAGGCAAGGGCUUACACCACAGUUCAAUAUCCUAAUUUUCUGACUGGCAAUCGGGAAACUACUGUCACUUAUUCGUCAAAUUUUUGCACAUUAAUUAACAAAAUCAGGCUCAGAAGUUAGAAAUUUGAUAUUAUCUCUGUACAGUAAUUGUUUCUAGAAAUAUGCCAUCUAAUUGCUUUUAGAAAUAUGCUGUCUGAAAUAGAUUAAUCCCAACUGUAUCUGUGUGUAUCAAUUAGUUUACAUUAUACAGGUAAUGCUUUACCCAGUAGUGUAACAUAAAAUGGUUAUACUAUUUACAGGUUAGAAAAUUUUGUUUUUUGAAUUCAGUACCCGAGGGCUAAACGAAGUCAUAACAAUAGCAUGCCCCCAAAACUGUUUGGGUUUUGGAUCAAAUAACUUUUUUCAAUUUUAGAAAUCUUUUGCACUGUCUUGAUACCAGGGUCUUAGCUAAAUUUCAGACCGUAUACCAGUUAUAGUCAAAUGCACAGUGUAAUUAUGCUCGCCAACAAUAGACUAUGCCUGUAGCUGUGGUUCUAUAUGAUAAAGACCAAAUACAAGACCAACAUAUGCUUCAAUUUCACUCUGAAAUUACAAAGAGUUAUUAUCGAGACUCUUGGGGGCAUUUAAAGCUAUAUUUUGACAUCAGCAGUCAGUACGUUCUCCGCUACAUAUAUCCACCUAGACAUAAAAACAUCACGGAUCACUUUACCAAUUUCCACAAACUAGAUUUUACGAACUUUCUUACGACGUAAGUAGGAGCAAAUUAUGUCUGUUGGAAGUAGCAAUUGUUUUAUUUUUAUGAACCCAUACGCUUUUGUAUACAUACUGUAAGCAACCUGUGUUCGUUUUAUUUUGCCGUGUUUUUCUAGUUUUGGCUGCGGUAACACGCCUUCUAGCUAUAAGACUUUGCUUCACACAGCAGGAGAUGUGUUAACAAAUUGCUGAAAAAAACAACCUGAGGUCUGCUUGACCAUUUUGCAUCUCCCCUGAAAAGCCAUGCACCUCCCCUUGCCUUGGCCUUGGGAAAGUUUCAAUGAUAGAUCAGAGUGAGAAUUUUACAUUUUUUUGUUGGCUUAGGGUCUACACUGAUACGACAGUCAUAGCCAUUUUAUCUUUGCGUCAAGUACCCUUUUAACGCAAUGUUUUGAAAGAAACUUUGCAGUAAUUGUAUUGAAGGGCAAAAUUGGAUGAGUUGUACAGUCAUAAUUCAUUAAUACACUGAUACAUAUAUGUACACUACAUGCAUAUGUCACGUCGUUGACUUUGGCCCGUUCUAAGCCCGAACUUUCCAUGGGGGUCGUGAGCUAGAUCGCUGCACCUCCCCUAAAUUUUUUUCCCACCUCCCCACCACUAUUUCCACCAAAAUCCGGCCUUGCAGUAAAAACCAUACUAAACUACGCUCACAAUUACCAUCCGCGAAAUCCUUCAACAACUAAGAGGAAAGUGGUUAAUUUUGGCAUCCUAAGACCACUGGCUCAGUGCCAGAUGGUUUUAUUGACUAAAAGCUACUAGGAAAAAAAAACACUGACCCAUUGUUUUCUGUUGUUCUGGUAAUCCAAUGAAAAAUGAAACUCUGACAUAAUCUCGAAAGGUCUAUAUGCUAGCAUAGGGAUAGCGACGAUAAAGACAGCUUUUGCUGAUUGAAAGAGAUGGCAACUACUUGAAAAUAUAAGAAGUUCUGCUCAUAUUUUUCAGAUACAAUACAAUAUACAUAGAGAAUAAAACAUGGGUGCGCGGAAAUACCAGAUUUAUUUCGAGUGUUGAACAUAAUAUCUAAAGAGUGAGCACAGCGAACGAGUGAGAUAUCAUGUUGGUAUUUCCAAGCAUCCAUGUAUUUUUCUGUUUAUUAUAUAAAGGACAGUCUUUAUUUGAAAAGCGAUAAUUUUCACAGAUGAGCUAUAAUUGAAAAGCGACAAUUUUCACAUGUGUGAUUAUCAUAAAUAAUCUCACAUGUGAGAUUAUCAGUUUUAUGAGUGCUCGAAAUCUCGGCUAUAAAGCACUAUACUUUAUAUAAUAAAAUAAAAUACACUUUAUUUAACGAGGGUAACACCAGUUACAAACGUAUUAUUCCUAGUGGCCCUCGCCCUUUUACAGUAUAAAACCCCACAAAGUUAGCCUAAAUAGGUUCUUAUAUGUUCAUGGUGCUUACAAGGAAAUUGGGCUAAACAGGCUCUUCAUUAGGUUCUUAUUUUCUUAACAAAAAAGCGACUCAUUUUUAUAGGUGUGGACUGUGGUAUAUAAUUUAUAUUAAUUAUGCACAAAUUAUCUAACAGUCCAUGAUGCUGGAAAGCAUUGCUUAUACAGUCACUAGUCGUUGAGAUUGUCAUGUAGUAUUUUCACUGAAGAAAUACAAUUAUUUGCUGUUGUGUUCAUAUAUAGACACGUUAUUUAUCCGAAUGGCAUUUCCAGGGUUCUGGGUCAUUUUCAUUUAAUACUUUGUGAGGAGCUUAUUUUCUUUGAUUUAUAAAUUUUUACUUUUGACUCUAUUUGAUAAAAUAAGAACCUGCAUGGAAAUUCUAGCCUGAACAGGUUUUAUUUAAUGCGGGUCUAAAUUAAAAAAAUAGCCUAACAAGUUCUUAAAUUAUCGGUUCUUAUUUUCGGGGUUUUACUGUAGUUGUGUUCUCUUUCGAUUGAGCCAUCUCUUUACUCUGAUAUACUUUACUAUUUGCAAGCCAAAUAUUUAAAUCAAAGAACCACGGAGAGCAUUAUUAAUCUCAUUUCCAUAAACCCAUUGAUUAGGAGACAAAAGUGAUACAUCAUUUGGCUGAUUUGGGUUGGGCUUAUAAUGCCAAGGUGCCAAGUAUGUUAUUUUUUCACUUUGCAUGUAAGGGCAGAGCAGCGUUUCCCUUAAUCUAUUCCGUAGUCUUAAAAAUUUAAUCUGUCAUGGAUGCUUGAGUUUUAAUCUUGAACGGAGGUAGAGCCAAUAAUAAGAAAGCUUCGAAUUGAUAGUGUUGCAACUACCUGAAAAAUACAAGGAGAACGUCGACGUUUCGGAGCGCAGACCUUUCGUCUGGAAGUUAUAUAUAGUGUUAGUGUCUGUUGCAUAGAUGUCGAUGACAGAUUGUUUUGCACGGAGCUAGUGAAACUGAAUUUAGCGGUAAACUGUCAGCAUCUUCACAUUGUCAAAUUUAUGAAGUUUCGGUCAUUAAUUUGUAGAAAGAAUAGCAAAGUCGGCAUUAUAAGCCAAUCACCCCCUUGGCCUUUAAUGGAUUACGAAAAUGAGAUAAACAAAAAGUGUCUUGGAAAAAUGCUUAGCAAUAACAUUUUUUCUGCGGUACAUAUGUCACCACAGGAGAUGGUAAUAGAACCAUCUGGCAUCAAGCUGGCUGAAUGAAAAUACUAAAAUAGAAUUCCUGAAACCCACUUUUUCUCUCACGCAUGUCAGCGUUGUUGAUAUAAGAAGACUUUUUAAAUAUAUAUUUUGACAUUUUAAUAAAGAUCGGCAAAAAUUGUUAUGCACCAAGAGAAUAGAGUAUAGGUCGUUUGCAACUCGUCUCAGACGCGGCUACAAAACAAAGUCUGUCGAAGUAUUUUGUUGGCCUGGUUUCAGUUACUGCCUAUUUCAAUAUUUGUACAGAUGUUUAGUAGUUUUUACGACAUUUGUGUAAUUAACUCUAUAUAAGAAUGCCGUACUACUCCAUGCCACUGUAGGAACAAACGAAAAUGCAGAAUAGGCAGUAACUUAAACCAGGCAAACAUUACACUAUAAAUAUUUCUACAAACUAUGUUCAGCAACCAGCAAUUGAUGCAAACUGCAAACGACCAACCGCGUAUUCUCUGAUUUUGCGAUUUACAGCGCCGCGUAAUAUAAAUUACUGUUUACUACAGAAGCCAUAUUUCAACGAGUUUAUCAACAUCAAUGACAUGCAAAUUCGUAAGUCAAAAUGUCAAAGUUUUCUCUCACAAAACAGUAAAUCAAAUGUUUUCACAGCUAUAGAUUAAUCCGUGUAUUUGGUGGACAAUGGUUUAUUUAUUUUUCAAGUGACUAUAUAUUUGGCUGUGUUUGAUUGGCUGCAUAUGUUCGUGUUUGGACGUGCAAAUUUUUCGAACCAUCAAGCAGAUUUCUGCCGUUUGCCGACAUAUCAGCUGCUGUGUCAAGACGGUGCUGAAAUUCCUAUAGAAUUAAGACGCUUAAACUAAAACAGAAACUUCGAUGGGCUACUGUUGUGAUUGCCAUUAUUAAUGUUAGCUUAUUGAUACAGGGAUUAUCUUUGUCUAGGACAACAAUUUUUCUGAAUUUCUUCUUUUUUUUUAUCAAUUUUACUGAAUAGCAGUUGAAGGAUCAGACAACAGAACAAAUAAAGUCCUAAAUUAAAUCCUGCCUGACAUGCCACAUUAUAACAACACUAUCAACGUUUCUGUGAUCACAGUAUAAGAAAUGUUUGAGGGAAUGCAUGAUUCAGAGUUGAACACUGAAUCUGAGUCAAUUCCCUCAAAUAUUUCUUACAAACCAUGAUUGUUCAAUACAUACGAAUCUGCUAAAGUUGUAACUGGUGCCAUUAGAUUAAGCUAGGUACUAUAUAGUAUUAUUAUACCACUAGUUCAAUAAUGUCUAAAGCCCUGAGCAAACUAGGAAACAUUGUUGCGGGAAACAUUUGUAAUUCUCGAUGUUUCCUCAAAUGUUUCCAUGUUUGCCCACCCGUGAAAGCAUUGUUGCGGAAACAAAAUUUGCUUCCCGGGAAGCAAAAAAGUUUCCUACCAACUUCAGAAACAUUUGAUGUUUCCCUAUGUUUCUCACUAAUGUUUCCUAGUGUUUGCCCACUCUGGGAAACAUGGCGAAACAUUGCCAUUGGUAGGAAACAUUGCCAUUGGUAGGAAACAAUGUUUCCUAGUUUGCCCUGGGCUUAAUAUAUAUAGUUCCAAAUAUAUAUAGUAGACAUUAUUGAACUAUAUAAUAUACAAAUAAUGAAUGUUUAUUCGUGCAAUGGUAAGAAUAUUUUCUUUCGGUGAAAGAUGGAAUGUUCCAUUCAACGAGGCGACAGCCGAGUUGAAUGGAACAUUUCAUCUUUCACCGAAUGAAAAUAUUCUUACCACUGCAUGAAUAAACAUUCAUUAUUUGUUUUAUAUAAUACCAAUAUAGACUAAUAGACUCGUAUGAGAAGCAUUUUGACGGAUGCGAUUUAUCGAAAACACAAAGUCAAAGAGUGCAAUGGAAUAAAACAUAUAGUAUAAUUGCACUCGCAAAGAGUGCAAUGGAACGUAUUCCAUUGCACUCUUGGGAAAUGAAUUCAAUUCACGUGGCCAUAAACAGCCAAUUAAACGAUCAGAAUUCAAUAAGGUAUUCUAUAAUAGACAUUAUAUUUGACAAAAGGUUGGAAAGAUAUGAAGAUAUUCAUGAAUUAAUAUUUUGACAAGUUUGUGCCUAACUAUUCGAGAGCGCUAUUAAGUGUUUGAGCGAAUUCAUUAUUUUUUGAGAUCGCAAUCUGAUUUUACAUUAUAUUUUCGGUGCGCACUGAGUGUUUCAAAACAUCUUUUUUCCAUCUGUUUCCAAAAUAUGGAACGAUUUAGAUACAUCUAUACGUAAUCUUCAGCCAAUUUCUCGUUUCAAAAAGGGAUUUUUAGAUUUUUUAAUCUUCAGUGUUAAACAAUGAAUCAUUUCCCUAUAAACCAUUUCUUACAAAUCCUUCAAAACUUAGACUUUAUCUUUGCAAAAUUCCUACUGUGAUCACAGAAACUUUGAUAGUGUAAACCAGACAUUAUACACGUACAAUAAAUUCGCCAGACGUGUGCUUUUAGGAACAACAAUUAAUUUCCUGGAAAGAAUCCGAUUCGAUAGUCAUGCAUUAUGACAGUAUCCUGCAGUUUUCUAAUUCAAAUAUCUAUAGGGUCAGGAAUGUGAGGUCAGCACAGUCUUGAUUCCAGAAACUCCAUUGGUGACUGUAGGCCCUUGAGUUUAGUGUCACUUGACGAUAAAGAAUAACAGAUUAUUAAGUAGGGGUAAGACAACUUAAUAAAGAGUUCUGUUGCUUUAAAAUAUCCAGUUUCAAGUGGCUUGCAAUGGGUCAGAUGAUGGGUAUCAACACAAUCUGAAUUUAUCUAUUCUAGUCUAAGAAAUUUAAUCUGUGAUGGAUGCUUGAGUUUUACUGUGUGUUGAAUGUUGAUAACAAAAGCAUGCGAGAACACACAAAGGGGUAAGGCAAUUGGAUGGUAGCCAACUAUAGGGCCCAUUUUGCAUGAAGUUGAAAAUGAAUUUAGUUGUAAACUAUUAGUGUCUCCACAUUGUCAAUUUAUAUGAAGUUUUGGUCAUUUAUAGUUCUGUCAACUUCUAAUUUACACUAUCAAAAUUUCUGUGAUCAGAGCAGGUUUUUUAAUUUAAUAAAUAUUUAUUUAUAAAUAUUUAGAGCCAUACUGCUCAUCAUCAAGGGGGCACACUUUUUUUUAAUAAUUUACGUGAUUUACAACAAAAGAUUCCAAACAGAUAAAGCAGACAACAAAACUACAAACAAUUCAAUCAAUUAAAUGAUAAUAUAUAUAGAAGGAUAUACAUAAAAGUUGUUAAAAGAUGGAUUUCAAACUAAAUCAAAUCUCGUAUAUGGAAACGAUGAUUCUUUGAUAAAAAUUUGAACAUGCAGGUGAAAGUAUACGCGUGAAUGAGGAUCCAAACAAAAAGACUCGUAUCAGCAAUAUGAGAAGCAGAGGUGAACAGCUUUAAUCUAGCUAGGAGCAGCGAAGAUCGGACAAUGUAUAAAAUAUAAGAUUCAUGCAAAUUCAAAACCACAAGAACAUUUUGGAGAUGGUUUACAGCCAAUUUUAAAUAAAUAUUAACAGUUUAGACCACAAGCAGCAAUAUUUGUUAAACAUUUACUGUAUAAAUACACGAUUACUUGUGGCUAUUAUGGGUUGGCAAACUUCGACACUAAUUAUGAACAAUUUUAUUCAUUGCACCGUGCUGCCUAAGGGCGCAAAAUAGAAUUAGCAAACGGAUGUAUAUUGCCUGAUUUAGUAUUAAUUUUACCACAAUUGGUUAGAAAUUAAGCAAAGAUUGCUUAAACAUUGCAUAAAAAUAGUUAUAAAUUCACAUUGCUGUGAAUAACGCAUGAAUUUCGAAGUGCAGUUCCGGUAAAAAGGGCAACUUGUUGCCCCCGUGCUGCCCCCACACUGUUUGGGCAACAGGGGCAGUUGCCCCCGUGGCUCCGGCGCCCUGCCUGCCUUUUGUAACGAGAAAUUGGCUGAAGAUUACAUAUAGAUGUAUCUAAAUCAUUCCACAUUUUGGUAACAGAUGGAAAACAUUUUUUUUGAAACACUCAGUGCGCACCGAAAAUAAUGUAAAAUUAGAUUGCGAUCUCAAAGAAUGAUGAAUUCGCUCAAACACCUAAAUAUAAUAGCUCUCUCAAAUAGUUAAGCACAAGAUUGUUAAAAAUGUUAAAAUAAAAUAUUUUAUUUUAUAAACAUAAGUGUUAAUAUAGAGUUUUUGGCCACUGGCACUGAGAAAAAUCGUAUUUAAACACACGUAAAAAAUACGAUAUUUUUACGUGUGAAAAUAUCAUUUAUUGUAAAACGCAUUGCCACGGACGUUUUAUUGUUUUUCACUGAAUUUUGUUUAUAUAAUAAACAGAAAAAUACAUGGGUGCUUGGAAAUACCAGAUUUAUUUCUCGUGUUGAACAUGAUAUCUCACUCGUUCGCUGUGCUCACUAGUGAGAUAUCAUGUUCAACACGAGAAAUAAAUCUGGUAUUUCCGCGCACCCAUGUAUUAUUCUCUAUUAUAUAGUUGAUGAAUAUCUUCAUAUAACCUGUUUCUUUUGUCAAAUAAUGUCUACCAGUAACAACUUUAGCAGAUUCGUAUAUAUUGAACAAUGGUUUAUAAGAAAUGUUUGAGGAAACUUACUCAGUGUUCAGCUCUGAGUCAUUUCCCUCAAAAAUUUCGUACAAAUCCUUCAAAACUUAGAAUUUACCCAUGCAAAAUUCCUACUGUGAUCACAGAAUCUUUCAAUUGAUAAAGUAAACCACUAGCCUUAGUUAAACCAAAAUCGUGUAUACACCAUUCUUAUACUUCAAUGCAUGGGAUUAAUGAUACAAGAUUAUAACAAGGCGUUCUGUGGUUGCUUAUAUAAUGGCAAUGCGUGAGAAAAAAAGUCUUAGGGAGAGAUUUCGUGCUGCGUCAACAGACAACACAGUGCCCGAAUUCCUGGAAAUUUGAUCUGAAACCCAUGCAACAAUCUCUGGUGCGGUUAUUGUGACUUCGUUCGGAUAACGGGUUAAAAACGUAAAUUUUCUAGCCUACGAAAAGUACGGCGUUGUUGCUAAAUUUCUUUAUUCAUAUAAGCCAAUUGAUACACAGGCGUUAAUCCACUUCCGAGAACAGAUUUAUGAAUUUUCCAGAAACAAUCCGAUAAUGAAUAUCAAAUUUCUAUAACUCAUGCUGUGGUCAACACAAUAUGAAUGGGCUAUUCAGGGCCUGAUCCAUUCCAGACUUUUGCGGUAUCUACUGAUUUUUGCCAAAUUACAUGAAAACAGUCCGGUGGUCUUUCUCGGAAUGUUUGUUCAAUACUCGAGUAUUUUCACGGCUGUUGACAUGUAAUUGACCAUUUGCGUAAUAGACUAAAUUUUGAACUAAACAAGUCUAGACAAAAAUUUCAUCACAGCUUGAAGGAGCAUCACAAAAUUAGUAAUAUUCCAAAGUUUCGUUGCAAAAUGUUGUAAAAUGCGGAAAAUAUAGCCUUGCGAAAUUUUCAAUUUUCAGUCAUUUUAGAUUACAAACGGGAAAUUGACAGCCCCAAACCCUUCGAGGCUGUCAAUUUCCGGUUUGUAAUCUAAAAUGACUGAAAAUUGCAAAUUUCGCAUGGCUAUAUUAUCCGCAUUUUACAACAUUUUGCAACGAAACUUUGGAAUAUUACUAAUUUUGUGUAAUCUUUCAAGCUGUAAUGAAAUUUUUGUUGAGAUCAAAAUUUAGUCUAUUACGCAAAUGGUCAAUUGAUAAGGUCCAGACACACCACACCGGACGCGAUUCGACAACGCGACGCGAUUUUUCGAUUUUCAUUGACCGAUAACUUUGAUUCUAGUUUAAAUUUUCCAUAUAUUUAGAAGCGUUAUAACAUUUUGAGUUAUUUGGUCUACAUAUCUUUCAAAAUUUGCUCUCAUUGGCUGUUUUAUUAACUUUCAAAAACUAAAAAAUCGCGUCGCGUUGUCGAAUCGCGUCCGCGGUGUGUUAUGGAUUCAUGACUUAUCCACUCGUUCACAUCCAUCAUGCAGAAGAAGAAAAUCGCACCUAUAAAAUCGCAGCAAAAAUUGCAAGUUAAACGGGCUCUUAUAGAAUAAACUAUCUAUCUAUCGAUCGAUACCGAAAAUACCAAACAUAUUUUAAUAUUUUCGGUACCUCGAUAUAUGAUGAUCAUGUUUGAUACACAUCGAAUUAAAAGAAUGAAUUGCAAUGUGUUUUGCAGGAAUAGAACUUAUUAACAUACGAUAUAAGAAAACUACAAUUCUAAAUCUAAAACUAAUGUAAGACUACAUAUGACAAUAGUAUAUGUAUUGCAAUAAAAUCUGAUAUAAAUUAGGAGUAUCAGUUAAUUUAACGUUCCUUGCAUUAGCUAUAGAGAUUGUUUUUUUGGGGGAAAACUGUUCUUAAAACGGUCCGUUCUGCACAUAUACAUGCAGGGUGUCUGUAAAAAAGUGCAUGAACCUUUAGAAAUUCACUUAUUGUAAUUUGAAUGCCUGAGUCCAAAACUCAACCCAUGGGUAUAAGUAAACACGAUUGCCAGUAAAGUUUUUGGUAUCCUUCAACAUAUGAUUAUGUGCUAAUUAAUUUACAGGAAUAGCUUGUAAAAACAGUAAAAACUCUUUGCUCUGUAGUUCCGUUGAACCAUUUUUAAUCGAACUUGCGGAACUAGUUUCUAUAUCUAUAUUAUUUCAAUUAGGAUGAUGCAGUUUUAAUAUGCUCGUACGAUUAUAAUGCAUUCGAUUACAUGUUGUGAUUGCCAUCAUUAAUGUUAGCUUAUUGAUACAGGGUUAUCUAUGUCUGUGCAUGGCAACAGAUUUCUGAAUUUCUUCUCUUUUAUCAAUAACAAUAACAAUUGAAGGCUUGGACAACAGGACAAUUUUUUUUUAUUUAUUUAUUUAUUAACCCUAUACGUCCUUUUAUACAGGAACAAAUAGAUGAUAAAUUUAAGAAUAUACAAAUAUAGAUGAAGGACAAAUAAGGUUUAAGGUAACAACAAUCCCAUAUUUAUAAGCCAACCCAAGAACGACAAUACAGGGUGUUUAAAAAAAGCAGACCUUUAGAAAUCAACCAUUGUUACAAUUUGAAUGCCUGGAGCAUUUUGCUAAGCCCACGAGUGCGUAACAUGACCAUGUAUGCAUGGCAUAUUGUUUAAUCAAAAGAUUUUCCCAACAUGUUCAAAAUAUGAAUUGAUUGUACUUUGAGUCUGGGUAUAAGUUAAGACUGUAAAAACUCUUUGUUUGGGGUCAGUUGAACAAUUUUUGUACUGAUGUUGUGGCUAAUUAGUAAUUUGACCAUUUUUCUUUAUGCAUGCUAUUAAAAGUUAUUUUCAAAUUCCCAGCAGCAGAAAAUCCGAGAAAAUCUUGUGUUUCUAAAGGUCUCCUUUUUCUAAUAUAUGCCCCCUGUCAAUCAAGCUGUACCCUCAUCUGAACAUUCUUAACUUAUCCACUCGUUCACAUCCAUCAGAAGAAGAACAUCGCAGCAAAAAUUACAAGUUAAACGGGCCUUUAGAAUAAACUAUAUCUCUCUAUAUCUAUCUAUCUAUACCGAAAAUACCAAGCAUAUUUUAAUAUUUUCGGUACCUCAAUAUAUGAUGAUGAUGUUUGAUACACAUCGCAUUAAAAAAAUUCAUUGGAACAUUCCAUCUUUCACCGAAUGGAAAUAUUCUUACCAUUGCACGAAUAAACAUUCAUUAUUUGUUUUAUAUAAUACCAAAAUAGACUCAUAGAUUCGUAUGAGAAGCAUUUUGACGGAUGCGAUUUAUCGAAAACACAAAGAGUGCAAUGGAAUAAAACGUAUAGUACAAUUGAAUUGCACUCGCAAAGAGUGCAAUGGAACGUAUUCCAUUGCACUCUUGGGAAAUGGAAUUUUCUAUUCAAUAUCACGUGACCGUAAAUAGCCAAUGAAACGAUCAAAAUAAGGUAUUAUAUAAAACUUACUAACAUAUAUGAUAUAAGAAAACUACAAUCCUAAAUCUAAAACUAUUGUAAGACUACAUAUGACAAUAGUAUAUGUAUUGCAAUAAAAUCUGAUAUAAAUUAGGAGUAUCAGUUAAUUAACGUUCCUUGCAUUAGCUAUAGAGAUUGUUUUUUGGGGAAAACUGUUCUUAAAACGUUCCGUUCUGCACAUAUACAUGCAGGGUGUCUGUAAAAAAGUGCAUGAACCUUUAGAAAUUCACCUUAUUGUAAUUUGAAUGCCUGAGUCCAAAACUCAACCCAUGGGUACGUAAACACAAUUGAAUCGAAUUUUAUGCAUGGAAGUUAUUUAAAAGUUUUGGUAUCGUUCAACAUAUGAUUAUGUGCUAAUUAAUUUACAGUAAUAGCGUCUAAAAACAGUAAAAACUUUUUGCUCUGUAGUUCCGUUGAACCAUUUUUAAUCGAACUUGCGGAACUAAUUUCUAUAUCUAUUAUUUCAAUUAGGAUGAUGCAGUUUUAAUAUGCUCGUACGAUUAUAAUGCAUUCGAUUACAUAUGUUGUGAUUGCCAUCAUUAAUGUUAGCUUAUUGAUACAGGGCUAUCUAUCUAUGUCUGUGUCAACAGAUUUCUGAAUUUCUUCUCUUUUAUCAAUUUUACAAUAACAAUUGAAGACUUGGACAACAGGACAAUUUUUUUAUAUUUAUUUAUUUAUUAACCCUAUACGACCUUUUAUACAGGAAUUAAACAGGAACAAAUAGAUGAUAAAUUUAAGAAUAUACAAAUAUAGAUGAAAUAAGGUUUAAGGUAACAACAAUCCCAUAUUACUAAGCCAAGAAAGACAACCUUUAGAAAUCAACCAUUGUUAUAAUUUGAAUGCCUGGAGCACAGUUUGGUUUAAUUAAAAGAUUUUCCCAACAUGUUCAAAAUAUAAAUUAAUUGUACUUUGAGUCUGGGUAUAACUUUUUCUACUGAUGGUGUGGCUAAUUCCCAGCAGCAGAAAAUCUUAUGUGUUUAAAGAUUAUUUCAAUUUCUAAAGGUCUAUAGCUCCUUUUUCUAAUACUGUAUAUGCACCCUAUCAAUAUUUCACGCACUACGGUUCAGCAUAUGUGCAAUUGAAAAGGCAUUCAAAUUAUAACAAUAUGGUUGAUUUGUAAAGGUCUCCUUUUUUUAUACACCCUGUAGUUAUAACAUACAUAAAAAAAAUGUACACCCUUUCAAAUUCAAAUUAGCCAUAACCUUUUAAAUAUUCGUUGCUCUGCAGUAAGCUGGCCUUCACUGGGUCUUCAAGGUCUUCACUGCACAUGGGAAUUUAGGAUAACAUCUAUUUGUAUGAACAACUACACAACUCAAAGAAAAAUGUUUAAAUUAAGCAUUAUUCAAGUCCGCAUAAGAUAUAAAUAUAUCUUAUGCGGACUUGAAUAAUGCUUAAUUUAAAUAUAUCUUAUGCGGAAUUGAAUAAUGCUUAAUUUAAACAUUUUUCUUUGAGUUGUGUAGUUGUUCAUACAAAUAGAUGUUAUCCUAAAUUCCCACGUGCAGUGAAGACCUUGUGUUUUCACGCAUUCAUUAAUUCGAGAAAUUAUACGGCUGUCAAAUUACUGUACAAUAGGUUACGGUUAAUUUGAAUUUGAAAGGGUGUACAUUUUUUUGAAACACCCUGUAUUUAAGCCGGUUUUCCACUAGGCGGAAUUUUUCUUUGUCUUGUGAUUCCUCAGGUGGAACUAAUUAGAAAAGACGAAGAAAAAUUCCGCUUCGCGCGCAAAACUCCGCCUGGAAAACCGGCUUUAAAGACACAAACGCACAUCCACAUAGUGAUAUAUUUAAAAACAAAUAUUAUCAUGAAAAGUGCAUGAAUGCAACAAGUUGGGUUGUAGUGUAGUGUAGGGACGGCACUUGGAACAAUGGUGAAUGGGUCUUCUAAGCGCGCAAUUCCAUUGACGUCAAAGGUAUAUAUAUAUUCAAGUUUAGCGAGAAUACAUGCAGAUUGUGUUUGAAAGAGGAAUUAGAGGUAUACAUUCAAUGAUAUAAGCGGGAAAACUGCUCCCAAGAAAAACAAUCUGGUUGAAAAAUGAGUCUCUAAGAUUAGGAUUUAGUAACCUUUGUUGCUUUGUUUGUGCGAGAGUCUGAAGAGAAGGUGAAAAAUAGAGGUCAGAGGUAAUGAAGUUUGGAUGUUUACAACAAGAAGGUGAUUUUUGAAGGUUCGCUUUUUUUUAGACACACUGUAUAUUGUCCAAUUGUUCGAACUUCUAAUUAAAGUCGUGGGCGGAUGCCCUGUUUUGGGUUACAUAUAGCUCUGGUCGUCCAAGGAAGAUAAUACGCACGGCUCGCACAUAUCGAAAACCCAAAUAUGGAAUAACCGAUAAUUUUAAAAAACUGAUAUUAAUCGAUAUACCACAACAGCCUAAGAUUGGCUAACUCACAAAAAUCUAAUCUACAGCCAUGUUGUGACUGCAUGUUUUGGGAACAGAGAGCUACGAAACAAAUAUGUCCCAAGAGCACAUGCCUUUUCAAUCUUUACCUCCUGUCAGCUUUGUAAAGUAAGAAAUAGCAUUCUAAAUAAAGACCAUGGAAUCACAAGUUAUCUGAACUUGGCAGUUCUGGGUCGAGUAUAUAGUGUCACUUGGUGACAAAAGCAUAAAAAAAAUUAAUUAGGGGUAAGACAACUUUUAGGAAAGCAGCCAACAAAAUGGUUUGCCGCUUUUAAAUAUCCAGUUUCCAACUCAAGUGGCGCUAUAGGUCAGGUAGUAGGGUCAACACUGUCUGAAUCUAUUGUAGUCUUGAAGAGUGGAGGUUCAAUCUGAGCUUCCCUUGAGUGGCAAUGCUGUUUAUAUGAAUAGCUGGAGAGUGAGUAGUCGCAUAGACGAGACUAACCCUUCAGCUAUUCAAAAACAGCACUUUGAGUGUGAGCGUGCUUUUAGAAUACAGACGUUAGAAUUUUAAUCUGUGAUGGUGCUUGAGGUUUAGUGGUCUGUUGAGUGUUGACGACGAAAGCAUAAAGUAAACGUUAUUGAAGCUACACAUUGCGCAAAAGUAGCAAGGUCAACUGAUGUUUGGCCAUUUAUAGAAACAUUUGUUUUAACUAUCCCUGAAACAGGGGUUGAAAUUACCUGACACCAGGUCGCCAUUUGCGAGCAGAUAUUUGAAACUGUGGCGACUGAGAAAGAAUUGAAAUUAUAAAGUAAUUCUAAAGCCUAAAAAUAUCUCCCCUCAAGUGUUGAAACUUAAUCUUUCGAAGUUUUUUCUUAAUCUGUCUUAAUAAUGGCUGUAAAAGGAAAAAAGUACUUCAUCGUUGUAUGUGCUUCAGCACUUCAUUAAAAGCAUGCUUUUAAACUAUUAUAUUUUUGCUCAAAAGUGCUGUCCGAAUGCGGAAAUAUUAUUUCAUAGAGACAAAGUCAAGAAUUUUACUUGGGGGGUAAGGUUUUGGUAGAAGUGGGUUAGUGUUCUUCUAAAACUCAAUCUUUCGAAAAAAAGGUAGCAGACUAAAAUGCUUAUAUUGACAUCUGGUAGGGAUUAAUACAAGGCCAUUUGAAGGCAUUUCAUCAUUAAUCGACCGUAAUGCCAUGCCGUCACCUUGUAAUAUCAUAGCUACCGAGACAAUAAAACGAUUUCUGACAAAUGAAUCAAUAACUUUAAGCGAUGAAGAUAAUUUAUUAGUAAUGAAAUUAUUGGCUAUGAAAAAAGAUAAUUUAUUGGCUAUGAAAAAAGCCAGUCACAAAUUAAUAUGGAGGUCUUUUGCAAGGAGCAAAUGUUCAGAAAAAAUAAAUUAAAAAAAUGCAAAUGCAAAAUGCAAAUGUUUCUGUAAACAUUAACAUUGUGAAUAAAUGAUAUGAAGUGUUAUUUUUUGUGACUUAAUUGAACAUCAAUAUAAGAGGUUAUGCAUGAGGGACGAUUAGUAACUAAUAUCCCGUGGGAUGAUUAGUUUCUAAUCGUUUCUCAUGUUUUAGCAAUGAGGUAAAUUAGCCAUUAAUCGCAUCUCGCAAGACAAAGGAAUUCGGGUUAGCUUAACAUAUGAUAUUACUGCUGCAAUAAUAUAGUAAUGACUACUUAAAACAAUAAACCAGUUCGUUUCUCAAGGUAUUUUUGUUGUUUUCUUUUCUUCCAGAGUUGGAAAAGGUGAAGAAACACCACAAAUCAUACAGCGAUGAGAAAGAGAAGGAAAUUCAUAAUCUUGUGAAAAGAAUUCGUGAGCUAGAAAAUAAUUUAAGAACAGGAUCUGGAGAAACCAGUAGUUUAUACACUUUGCCCGAGAGUGUGAUUGCUUCACUUGAAAAUGACGCUGACGUCGAGAACCUCAGUUUGUUUAAAGCUCCGGGAUCACUCGUUGAUGAGAAAGGUACGAGGUGAUGGUGAUGGUAAUGAUGAUGGUGAUGAACAUGGUAAUGAUGAUGGUAAUGAUGAUGGUGGGUAAUGAUGAUGGUGAUGAUAAUGGUAAUGAUGAUGGUAAUGAUGAUGGUAAUGAUGAUGGUAAUGAUGAUGGUAAUGAUGAUGGUGAUGAUGAUGGUGAUGAUGAUGGUAAUGAUGAUGGUAAUGAUGAUGGUAAUGAUGAUGGUAAUGAUGAUGGUAAUGAUGAUGGUGAUGAUGAUGGUAAUGAUGAUGGUAAUGAUGAUGAUGGUAAUGAUGAUGGUAAUGAUGAUGGUAAUGAUGAUGGUAAUGAUGAUGGUAAUGGUGAUUGUAAUGGUGAUGGUAAUGAUGGUGGUGGUGAUGGUAAUAAUGGUAGUGGUGGGACUAAUAGUGAUGAUAAGGAUGACGAUUAUGGUUAUCGAGGGUAAUGAUGGUGCAGUGAUGAUGGUUGUGGAUCAGAUAGUCCUGGUGGUAAUGAUGGUUGUGAUGAUGUGGUAGUGCUAAUGUUGGUGAUGGUAGUGAAGAUGGAGAUUAUAAUGAUGGUGGUUGGGGGAAUGAUAGUGAUGGUAAUGGUUAAUAGUGGUUAAUAAUUGGUUAUGAUGGUUAUUCAAAUGUGUACUGUAGUUGUGGUGUUGGUGAUGUAGUGAUGACGAUGGUGCAUGGUGACAAUGUAAUGUAACAAUGAUUAUGGGUAAGAAUCAAUUGUAAUGUUUUCAUCAUGUUUUUACAUAAUUAUAUUUUAGUACCAGAUUUCAACACCGUAUUUCCUCUGCUGGCGCAAGUGAUGACAAACGUAAAACCUCCAAACAAGAACCAAACAUUCAGGUUCUUUCUGUCCACUGAUAAAGAAGCGAGGAGAGACGCGACAUUUUUUGUGAAGGUCAGGGCAUAAUAUACUUAGAAGUUGGUCAUAAGCAGUGUGUGUGCUAGCCUGUGAACAGGCUCUCGGAGACAUUUAACAAUUUUUAUUUUAUGAAUAUAAUUUGCAUAAAUAAUUUACUUCCAUCUCAUUUUCAUCCAUUUCUUUGGGAAAAGCAAUAGUUACUGCUCAGAGCAGUCUGAGCAGAGCAGUCGGAGUAGAGCAGUCUGAGCAGAGCAGUCUGAGCAGAGCAGUCUGAGCAGAGCAGUCUGAGCAGAGCAGUCUGAGCAGAGCAGUCUGAGCAGAGCAGUCUGAGCAGAGCAGUCUGAGCAGAGCAGUCUGAGUAGAGCAGUCUGAGCAGAGCAGUCUGAGCAGAGCAGUCUGAGCAGAGCAGUCUGAGCAGAGCAGUCUGAGCAGAGCAGUCUGAGCAGAGCAGUCUGAGCAGAGCAGUCUGAGCAGAGCAGUCUGAGCAGAGCAGUCUGAGCAGUAACUAUUGGCUCAGAGUUAGUGCCGAGGGAGCCAAUCAGAAUGCUCAAAGGCCAUUUUUCCAUACUGAAAUUAUACUAAAAAAUAGUUCACUAAAAAAUGGUGCAUGUUCAGACGGCAUAGUAAAUUUCAAAAUAUAGUAUUCCGGUUGUCUAGAGUAGAAGCAAAUGUAAAUUUCGACCACUUACGUAAGUACGCGAAUUAUCGUGCACUCUCAGCAGUACCCCUAAAAUGGCGGAUAAACCGAGCGCGAGAAAGGCUAAUAGAGGGGUGAAAUUUUUGGUAAAUAUAUUUUUCUGUGUUGUGUUGAACUAUCGUUUGAAAAAGCUGUCAAAUUGUCAAGAACGGGACAUUCUCGGAAAAUCAGCUGAACAUUUUCUAACGACAUUUUUCAAUUUCAUUUAGGUUAUAUUUCCCCAACUGCAACAAUUGUGCAGGGAAAAUGGAAAGUUCCUCAUCAUGCUGGAAUCCUAUGGAUCUCAUAAUAAGGUAUAAAGUGAGAUCUUUCGACAUUCCCAAUUAUUAAGCAAAGGGGCCGUUGGGGCCGACUCACGGAUAAGAUCAAAUGAAAGUGACAGAAAGAAUUAGAGCAGUUUGCAGUUGUUUUUGCAAACCGGGCACCGUGCGAAUUUUGCCAUUUCACCCAUUUGUCGUGCUUCCUUUGCCAAAUCAAAUGAACGAACCACUGAUGUAAGGGAGUUUACGAUCUACGAUGCGGCCGGCUCGACGACGCGCUUUCAAAACAAAAAUAAUUGGUGUUUCCACAAACAAUAGUAUUAUAUGUUUUAUUGCCAUGCAAACCUACAAAGAACUUACAAAGAAAUUUGCCAUCAAGACAAAAACUGUCAAUAAUCUGUGGUCCCAGGAGAAUAGUCAGCCGCGUUGUCAUUCUCAACACAACGUUAAACAAGCAUUAUUACGUCUUUCAAGCAACGUGAAAGCUUAAUGCGACCCAAGAGGUGUUACUUAAAGUCGAAAUUACAGCAAACAUUGCAUCGCUUCAGCCGAACGUAGCAGUCUGUAAGGUUAUUUGAAAAAGCGUGAAAUAUUUUUUACAGUAAUCAAAUUGCUUACCGCUCAUUCUUGAGCUGAAAUUUAGACCGCGUCGUUGAGCCGGCCGCGUCGUAGAUCGUAAACUCCCUAUUAGUGGAACGAACGCGUGCUCCAGCCCGAUUUCCGGUUUUGAAAGGCCCGCUUCGCAGGCAAACAGUGCGCGCAAAGCAGGCUGAUCAUUUCCCAUGGUUUAACUGCCCCACACUCACCCCACAUUCAAGUAACCACAAAGACUCACAGAUGUUGCUUUGCAACAUCCGUGAGUCAAAAAGGCCUUUCUUUCAAACGUGGAAAUAUAUGUAUUCUUCACGUAAUAACCGUUCCUUUAUUAGUUUAUUAUUUCGUUAUUUUUCAGUCGCGAGGAGAACGAGAUGACGGAUGGGAAUCGCAUCUCAUGACAAAAUGUGAUUUGUUUUUUGGAAUGCUUGGCAACAGUGACAACAGGUCGGUGUUAAAAAGAGAUAAUUAUGUAAUCAGUGGUGCUUAAAUUACUUUGAAUUUGUACUCGAGUAAAAGUAGAAGUAAUUAACAAUAAAACGACUUGAGUAAGAGUAAAAAAUACUGGAAGGAAAACGUACUUAAGUAAAAAGUACAAAGUAUCCUUAAAAAAUACUUGAAGUACAAAGUGAAAGUAAAAGUACUAUUGUCUGCAGCCUGUAGAGGGGGAGGGGGACUUUCCCAAUGGAUUAACAUACAAAAGACACAAAACAACACACGCAUAUGCGUGCACCGAAUAUAUACAAUAUUUCACGGCAUGGUCUGCGUUCCAGACUCCGUUGAAGAUAGAAGAAAUCCAUUAAAUAAAUAAUUCUUGUAAGUAAGUCAUAAACGGGAGAUCCCAUACGCAUGUAGAGGUCCUAUUACCUUUCCCGAAAUUAAAAUAAACCUCUGAGAAAUAAAUCACGUAAAAUUAAACAAAAGUUAAAAUGUAACGUAAUACUUCGCCACAAAAUGAAAAUAACGAAGUAAAACGUUACUUCUUAAAAUGACUUCGUUCCAAGUAAAAUUACCCCAGAAAAAGUUUACUUUGUUACAUGCUCACUUCUCAAAAACAGUACUCAAGUACAGUAAUGAAGUACAUUUACUUCAUUACUUGACACCACUGUAGGUAAUAGAUAAAGCUUGAGCAGCUUGAUCCGUAUCUGAUGUUCCUAUUCUUCUAUAAUCUAAAAGAAAUGAAUGAUAUUUGGUGGGAAAGUCGAACUUAAAGUUUAUGUAAAUCAGGACAAAAUUUGUAUGUGGUUAGCGCACUUGCCUUUCACGUUCAAAUCUCAGUGAGAACUUUCUCAAUACGACUCGAACCCAGUCCUCAUGUGAAAAGAGCAAAAGUCAACGCCGAAAGUCGUGGGUUUUCUCCGGGUGCUUCGGUUUCCUCCCACAGGGAAAGUUGACAGGCUGGGUUAGGUAAAAGGGCCCACAGUAAUUGGCAUAUGCUGUUGUGGAGACCCUGCCCUAGUUGGCAAAGCUAAAUAAAUAAAUAUGUAUUUCUUUUGAAUUUUCUUUAUGAAUUAUUAAUGAAUUUUAUAAGUUUACUAAGUAAAAAUGUAAUGAUCUAACUGUUUUAUUUUAUUUUAGGGCAAUUCUUGACAAAUGGAAAAGUUUCCACAACAUUUUUAACACUCGACGACGUCCGAUGUUUUUCUGUUUCAAAGACAGCGAAUACAAUGCGUAAGUAUUUGCAGUAUUUCAAAUGUGGGCAGUGGACUUCCAAUUCCAGUAGAGCUAGGGGUUCAGAUUUGAGUUCCACUACCGCUACCAUUAAGGGACCAUUAGCCAAUCAGAUGCGGCUAAUAUAUCCGAUUAACCAAUCAGAUGCGCCUAAUAUAUCCGAUUAACCAAUCAGAUGCGUCUAAUACCAAGCCUGUGAGAGGUAGUGGGGUAGUGGAAGUCAAAUAUGAAUCUCUCUAGAGAAGGCAGAGAAAAUUUCGACUUUUCGAUUGAAAGCCCUUCCUCUGGUAAUUAUUGCAGUGUUAGCUUAGAUAAAAACGAUUUCAAAAGGAACCGAUAAAAUUAGCUGUUGCACUGAUAACUCACAUGUCUAGUUACUGUACUGUUCUUGUUUACAAAAGCAUAGCCAUAUCAUUGAACAACGGCAACCAAGCUCCGCAUUAAAAUUAUGUACUACAAGUAGUACAUUCGUAUAUUUAUCAUGUAGAUUAUUCUAAUGUAAGCUUAGUUACCUCUUUACUAUUAUUUGCUGCCAUAAGCUGGAACGAUAUUAACAAUGCAUGCGAGUUCUCCAAUGUGGCGAAUUGAGUUUAAACAAAUGUGGACCUGAUUUUGUCUCUUGCAUUGUUAAAAAUACAUUCUUAAACAGAAAAUGUUUCUGCGUAGGUCUGGUGGAACAGAAUUGACGCAUUUUCUGGAUAGCGUUGGCGAGGAAACAAAGGUACUGACUGCAUUAACCCAACAAUACUUCUCCGACGUUUUUGGUGACUGAUAGAUAAACAAAUUUUUGCUUAGGUGUCAUUUUAUACUCACCCCACAAAUCUAGUGGAAGAAAACAACGAGGUUAUUCAGGAAAUUGUCAAGGAGGUGAGGAUUCAUUCACUUUGAUAUUCGUAUCUUAUGAUGCAAUUUUUCCUAUAAGUCGUUUAUUUGCGAUGAAAAGCGUUCUAAAAAUUUGGUAAAAAAUUGUCGAUUUAAAAUUGACGCCAUAUUUACAGCAAUAUAAGGAAAGCUCGCCGGCAGUGUCCAUUGAACUCUAUUAUAUCUGGAGCAACUUCAGUCUUAUUUUUAUUAUUAUUUAUUUAACAACUUUAUUGGUGCCAUAAAUUACAUUAAAAUAAUUAGUACAAUUUCAACUGGCCCAAAAGGGAAGGUGCGAACGAGACUAUAUAGGAGUCCCAUGCAAAGCAUCUCCCUUCUCUAAUAAGUAGUAAUAGAUAUUUAUAAUUAUAAUACCUUAUUGAAUUCUGAUCGUUUAAUUGGCUGUUUAUGGUCGCGUGAUAUUGAAUAGAAAAUUCCAUUUCCCAAGAGUGGAAUGAAAUACGUUCCAUUGCACUCUUUGCGAGUGCAAUUGUACUAUACGUUUUAUUCCAUUGCACUCUUUGUGUUUUCGAUAAAUCGCAUCCGUCAAAAUGCUUCUCAUACGAAUCUAUUAGUCUAUUUUGGUAUUAUAUAAAACAAAUAAUGAAUGUUUAUUCGUGCAAUGGUUAGAAUAUUUUCAUUCCGUGAAAGAUGGAAUGUUCCAAUCAACUCGGCUGUCGCCUCGUUGAAUGGAACAUUCCAUCUUUCACCUCAUGAAAAUAUUCUUACCAUUCCACUCAUAAACAUUCAUUAUUUGUAUACUAUAUAUGUAUUAUAAAACUAUGAAAACAAUGAAUGUAGCAAAACGGUCAAACAGGGGCGAAUGAUGAUUUUGAGAUUGAGCUAGUCAACUCUCUUGGAGUGAUUGGUUGA